GCUGUAACAUUCCAUCAAGAAUUGAGACGUGAGGAGACAUAUUAGUUCAGACUUGAGAGAGAGAGAGAGAGAGAGAGAGAGCAGGGAGGGAGAGUUGACACAAAGGAAAAAAUAAUAAUCUAGCUAGAACUAGAAAUACCCCAUGGGAGAAAGGGUGGAAGAAGAAAAAAGGAGAGAUCAAGAAAACGGAGGUGAUCAACAUAGGGCAACGAAAAGUCAUCAUGAGCAGGAGCGGAAGCCAGUACACUUUGUGCUGGUACAUGGGGUAAGUCAUGGUGGAUGGUGCUGGUAUAAGAUCAGAUGCUUGAUGGAGAAUUCCGGGUAUAAAGUCUCCUGUAUUGACCUCAAAGGUGCUGGCCUGGAUCAAACCGAUCCCAAUACCAUUUUUUCAUUUCAAGACUACAACCAGCCUCUCCUGGACUUCUUGGCAGCCUUGCCUGGCGAUGAACAGGUGAUUUUGGUAGGCCACAGCGCCGGAGGGCUUAAUGUCACGGAUGCAACUUACAAGUUCCCAAACAAAGUCAGCCUUGCAGUCUAUGUUGCAGCGACCAUGUUAAAGAAGGGGAUGCUGAAUGAACAAGACGUCAAAGACGGUGUUCCCGAUUUUUCUGAUAUUGGUGAAUUUGGCGAUGUAUAUGACGUUGGAUUCGCUUCAGGGCUCGAUCAGCCUCCAACUAGUGUAGUUAUCAAGAAACACUUGCUCCGCAAACUCAACUAUCAAAUGUGCCCCGAAGAGGAUUCCACAUUAGCAGCAAUGUUGGUGCGUCCCGGGCCCAUUCGAGCACUCACUUCAGCUCGAUUCAAAGGAGAAGGAGAAGAAGGGAGUGAGAGGGAAGAUGCAGUGAACAAAUUAGUGCCCAGGAUUUACAUCAAAACGGCGUACGAUCGAGUGGUGAAGCCGGCACAACAAGAAGCAAUGAUCAAGAGAUGGCCACCCUCUGCUGUCUACGUUUUGGAAAGUGAUCAUAGCCCAUUUUUCUCUGCUCCCUUCGCCCUCUUCGGUUUUCUCGUCAAGGCCGUCGCUGCCCUCUGAUGCAUGCUCUGCAAAAAGCCGUAUCCAGUAUUCCCAUUCUAUUCUAGAUGAACGAAUUACAUCCACCGAAAAAUAGGGAUAACAAAAAACAGAAAAUUUUAGUGUUUGGAUUGCCAAA